GUUAGUAUCGUUCGUUCUAAACACCACAAUCGUCUAUGAUUCACGCAAUGAAGUGUCACAAUACAGUUUCACUAUGCUUUCUGAUCGCACUUUUGUCCUUAGUGUCAUAUUCAGAAGGUAAAAAUAUAUUCUGUUAUUUUGAAAGUUGGACUGUCUAUAGACCUGGGAAUGGAAAAUACGACGUCGACAACAUCGAUCCCAAUCUAUGUACCCACAUAGCAUUUACCUUCAUCGGACUAAAUUACGACGGAACUAUAUCAAUCUUGGAUCCAUGGGAAUCAAACAACGACGGUCUGAAUGGAUUCGGCAAAUUCGUAGCAUUAAAGGAGCAAAAUUCGAAUUUAAAAGCGUUGGUUAGCAUUGGUGGAUGGAACGAAGGAUCGCAAAAAUAUUCGGAACUGACCGCGAACCCUUCCAAACGAGCGAUAUUUGUAAAAUCCGCUUUACAAUUCCUCGAGGAACACGAAUUCGAUGGACUUGAUUUCGAUUGGGAAUAUCCUGCCAGGAGAGACAGUAGCAAUGCGAAAGACAAGGAAAAUUUCAUUCUACUGCUUCAAGAACUGAAAACCGCCUUCGAGCCCAAAGGUUACCUACUUUCCGCUGCCGUUACAGGGGCAGCUAGGUACAUCGAUAUUUCGUACGAUGUGCAGGAACUUAGCAAGGUCUUGGAUUACAUAAACGUAAUGUCAUACGAUUUCCAUGGAUCUUUUGACUCGUAUGUAGGUCACCACACUCCUCUUUAUGCAUCUCAUCUUGACGCCGAACAUGAUAACCUAGAUUGGAACAUCGCUGCCGGUAUUGAAGGCUGGAUAGAAAGGGGCAUGGAUAUAUCAAAGAUUAACCUAGGAAUUGCAACUUAUGCCAGAACGUUCACUUUGGAAGAUCCAUCUAAUACUUCCUUGUACGCAGCAAUUAGAGAUGGCGGCAUAGCUGGACCAUACACCCGGCAAGCUGGAAUUUUAGGAUAUAACGAAAUAUGCGAGUUAUACAGUGAAUGGCCAAGGUACUGGGAUGAUGAACAGAAAGUUCCACACAAGGUGUCAGGCAACCAAUGGAUAGGUUAUGAAGAUGAAUUUUCCAUUUCUGAGAAAGUAACAUACGCUUUGGAUAAGAAUCUUGGAGGAUUCAUGAUAUGGUCGUUUGACACCGACGACUUCUUGGGACUUUGUGGAAACGGCACUUACCCGUUAAUUAAGAGUGUUCUUCGUACCGUGGAGAAAAAUGGUUAUUCUAUAGGAUAAGAAACAUACCAAUUACUUUCAUUAAUUUAUUAUUUAUUUUUUGUAUACGAAAUGUUAUGUUCAGGCAGUUUUCUCUUUUGUGUAAACUAAAAAUAAAAUAAAGUUUUUCCACAAUA